AUGCCCUCAUGCCCUCAUGCCCUCAUCCUUUCAUGCCCUCAUGCCCUCAUGCCCUCAUGCCCUCAUGCCCUCAUGCCCUCACGCCAUCAUGCCCUCAUGCCCUCAUGCCCUCAUCCCCUCAUGCCCUCAUGCCCUCAUGCCUUCAUGCCCUCAUGCCCUCACGCCCUCACGCCCUCAUGCCCUCACGCCCUCAUGCCCUCACGCCCUCAUGCCCUCAUGCCCUCACGCCCUCAUGCCCUCAUGCCCUCAUGCCCUCAUGCCCUCAUGCCCUCAUGCACUCAUGCCCUCAUGAGCUCAUGCCCUCAUGCACUCAUGCCCUCACGCCAUCAUGCCCUCAUGCCCUCAUGCCCUCAUGCCCUCAUGCCCUUAUGCCCUCAUGCCCUCAUGCCCUCAUGCCCUCACGCCCUCAUGCCCUCAUGCCCUCAUGCCCUCACGCCCUCAUGCCCUCAUGCCCUCACGCCCUCACGCCCUCAUGCCCUCACGCCCUCAUGCCCUCAUGCCCUCAUGCCCUUAUGCUUUCCUGCCCUCAUGUACUCAUGCACUCAUGCACUCAUGCCCUCAUGCCCUCAUGCCCUCAUGCCCUCACGCCCUCAUGCCCUCAUGCCCUCAUGCCCUCAUGCCCUCAUGCCCUCAUGCACUCAUGCCCUCAUGCCCUCAUGCCCUCAUGCCCUCAUGCCCUCAUGCCCUCAUGCCCUCAUGCACUCAUGCCCUCACGCCAUCAUGCCCUCAUGCCCUCAUGCAAUCACGCCAUCAUGCCCUCAUGCCCUCAUGCCCUCAUGCCCUCACGCCCUCAUGCCCUCAUGCCCUCACGCCCUCAUGCCCUCAUGCCCUCAUGCCCUCAUGCCCUCAUGCCCUCAUGCCCCCAUGCCCUCAUGA